CUGCUAACUGCUUCUGCAGCGCUCACUAAUCCUUUUUCGUCGUUUCCGUUAAUAGAACGUGUGGUUUGGAAACGUGAUCUUUUCGUAAUUAAUUUUUAUCUGCAUUUUCUCUUAAAAAUCCUCGAAAGUAAUUAUCAAAAUGCCUCCUAAAUUUGAUCCAAAUGAAAUAAAGAAAGUAUAUUUACGAUGCGUUGGUGGUGAAGUAGGAGCUACUUCGUCCCUUGCUCCUAAAAUCGGUCCUCUUGGUUUGUCUCCAAAAAAAGUUGGCGAUGACAUUGCCAAGGCUACCAGUGACUGGAAGGGUUUGAAAAUCACAGUUCAGUUGACUAUUCAAAACAGACAAGCUACGAUCUCGGUUGUGCCAUCUGCCGCUUCGUUGAUAAUUAAAGCUCUGAAAGAGCCACCCAGAGACCGUAAAAGGCAAAAGAACAUCAAGCACAGUGGUAAUUUGACAUUUGACGAUAUUGUUUCUAUUGCCCGUGCUAUGAGAUCAAGAUCAAUGUCACGAACACUCGGUGGUACCAUCAAAGAAAUCUUGGGCACAUGUCAGUCCGUGGGAUGUACUGUAGAAGGUAGACCACCUCAUGAUCUUAUAGACGACAUUAACGCUGGAGAACUGGAAGUUCCGGAAGAAUAAAUUUUGAUAUUGUAAGGUGCCGAAAAUAAAAAUACUUUAAAAUGGAGUUAAAAAUGUGUUGCAAUUUCUUUAAUUAACCACAUAUCUUUAAUUAAUCACAUGUAUAUUAUCUUAUUUAGUUUUAUUUUUCAAGUACACAUGAUACGUAUUACAUACACAAUUAUUAAAUUGAGCAUGAUUAAAAAAUUCUGCUUCAAAAUAUUUCACAAAUUUGAAAUAUGAAUAAUUCUUUAUAAGUUUCUGUAAAAUAAUGUUAGAAAGUUGAUUAAUUCUUUUAGAAUUUCUUAUCUGACAAAUUACUUGGAAUCUUUGCGAUAUAAUAAAAUAAUGUAUACAAAUUUUA